UUCCCCCAAUCACCCUCUCAGGUGAAGGACAUCUCACUGGAGGCCACAGGAGCUUUGUGAAGCCAGCGGGACACAAUACAUGGAGAGAUGACCAACCAAUCACUGUUGAUGAGGGCAAUGGAACCUCAACCCAGCACAUUAUCGUGAUGGAGUCUGCAGAUACAGAGGCUGCAGGUCCAGGGGUGAAGCAGGAGAGGUCUGAAAGAAAGGAGGACCUAGAGCAUAGCAUAAACAUCCAGACUGGAACGGCUGGAGCGCCCCCUAUAGCAACGGAGGACUCCACCACCGCCCCAGCGCAGCCCAGAGCCGGCUCAGAGUAUUUACCGGUAUUUCACCAGAUCCAGAGGACGGUUCAUUCCCGUGGAGAUGGUGACGCACUAGUCACUGGCGUUGAUGAUCCAUCAUGUUCUUACAGUACAGAGAUGGACCCUGGCAACAUGCCCUUGGGUUUAGAGACACAGACUGAUCUGUCUAAAGGGGAAUGGAACCGGUACAGCAGUAGUAUAUACUCUGAAGGGUGCCUAGAUAAGAAAGGGGAAUGUCUGGUUGUAGAUGAGGUAAUUGUGAAAGUGGAGGGCGACGCUUCUCUCACAUGGAAUCCAGAUCGUCACCUAGGUGACGGACACUCACAGGGCAGAGAUUUCUUAGAUUACAGGGAAAGCUUAGAGACAAAUCCAAAUGUUGCGACCCACUCCCCUGUACACAUUCUCAGGGAUUGCGACCCAGUGUCCACGUCGAUGGGGCCUUCUGAUUCACACACCCACGUCCUUUUCAAUCAGGUAUUGAACGCAAACGACAUGGCUAGAGCCCAGGCUCAGGGAGGGGGAGCCACAUCAGGCAAUAGUAAAGAGAAACGGUUUCUCUGCAUGUUCUGCAACAAAGGCUUCAGCUGCCCCCAGAAGGUGGAGAUCCACCAGAGGGUCCACACAGGGGAGAAACCUUUCAGCUGUACCCAAUGUCACAUGCGCUUCGCUGAGGCUGGCAGCCUGAAGAGGCACCAGAGGGUCCACACAGGGGAGAAACCCUACAGCUGCCCCCAGUGUGAGAAGAGGUUCUCCCACCAGCACCAUCUGAAGAGGCACUUGAAGGUCCACACGGAAUAGAGGCCGUUCGCCUUCUGCAGGCCAUGAGGACUUGCUGAUAUCCAGUCUUGUUAGCGGGAGAGAGUGGACCUCUGAGGUGGCUGGUCAUAAGCCAUGGCCCUGGAUCAGGAGCCUUCGCUCUUCCUUCCCGAGUCGGAACCAGGACAGAACCACAAGGGACAGAGACUCCACCACCACACAGCACAUAAUCCCACCAACACCCAAACAAUGGGUUGGAUGCGCGCUGUGUUAAGAAGCAGUGCGGCUUGGUUGGGUUGUGUAUCGGAGGACGCGUGACUUUCAACCUUCGUCUCUCCCGAGCCCGUGCGGGAGUUGUAGCGAUGAGGCAAGAUAGUAGCUACUAACAAUUGGAUACCGUGAAAUUGGGGUAUCCAAUUAAAACUCAAAAAUAUAUAUUUAAAAAAAUAAGAAUUUGUUCUUAACUGACUUGCCUAGUUAAAUAAAGGUAAAAAAUUAAAUUAGGUUAAUCUGCCUCACCCAUUGUGGAAAUCUAACAGUCAAUGUGUGUGAAAUGCUUUAUAAUGUAUGUGAUAUCAACAGGGAGGUAUAUUUGCUGGUCAUUUCUAUAUUGACUAGCUUUCAUCAAGCUGCCCACUCAAGAAAAAGCUUCAAACUGUAAAUCAUCAGCAUAUAUUGAUCACAUCUUUACUAAUGCUGCUGAAAUGUGCUUUAUCCAAAUCCAUUGGAUGUAGCGAUCACAAUAUAGUAGCUUUGGAUAAGUUCCAAAGGUUGGGCCUGUUGUAUGAGGUCAUACAAUACGUUUUGUAGUGAUUUUAAAAACAGUUAAAUUCCCUUGGAUUGAUGAGGAAUUAAGCGAAAGGUAUGGCAAAUAAGUUUAGCUGCACAACCAAUUGGCAAACCGCAGAGGUGGGAGCAAGUCAUUGUUUUACAAGUAAGUCUCACGUCUUAGCACUCAAGUCCCAAGUCAAGACAGGCA